ACAACGCUGUCCCGUGUUUGACCUCAAGGUUGCUCUUCGAGUUGGCAAAACUUGUUCAGCAAAGUUGGUGGUCAAUCUGACUUUGAGCGGUUCGUUUUCUCGUCGUAAAUCAUCUUGUAACAACCUUGACGAAUUGAUAAACUCACAAAAAAGCCGUCCUCAGGAUGGAUUUUCCUGCUCCAGAAAUUAGUCCACAAACGAACUUCAAUUAUGGAUUGGUGGUUUUGUUUAUUCUCGCAUUAUCAUAUUUUCUUUGGAAAUUCUUCCGUUCUUGGUGUGAAAACUCGUCAACUGCUAGUGAUUCACAUCGCUUAGCUAUGGAAGCUGCCAGAGAAAAAUUUCAAGCUGAAUUCAAUGCUGAGGUUGCUCAGUACAAAUCUAGAAAUCAAGACAAGGGAGAAGACAAAAAUAAUGUAAGCUAUAAAAGAUAUUAAUAUUCUACUACUGCACUUCUUUUACUCUUGAUUCAUUAAUUACAAAACCUGGCACCAUUAUCCUCGUCGGGUUUUGUAGAUUAAAUAAAAAGUGUGGCCAAGAAUCUGAACAAACGCUCGACUUUUUUACAAGUGCCUUUCUUAAUCAUGUUCAGGACUUCAUACAAACUUAAAAGUGAUAAGAACACGACGAACAGUUUAUAAGUAGUAGUGACCAAAACCUACAUUUCGUAUCUUACCUCUAAUGAUGUGAUCUGAGACUGGUAACAUCUAUCUUGUCACACUCAUGCUCUAAGUCCCUCUAAAUUUUAAGUUGGGUGGCAUUCCGAACUCCUAUUGGCCUGAGUUAUAUUCGUAAAUGCACACUAUCUGGUUGAGGUCCUCGUGAUUACCAUAAUCAGUGGCUGGAAAUGUAACACGGCUCAUAAUCGGUCACCAUAACACAGAUGUGUUCACUGCUUGUCUCCUUAAAUCUUAGGUUUCAAAAUUACUUUGUAAUUUUUAUCCAGUGAACUUGUUCUUUUUUUGUCAAAUCCUUCCUCACUGUCACUAACGGUACUCCUACUUUUCUACUCGUUGUAAUUCUCAUCUUACUGUUUCCGCCUUGUUUACUUUGCUGUUAUGACGUGUGGAGGAAUCGAAUACAGUGGUAUUGAGUGCUGUUAGAGGUAUGAGGGCGGUUAACACUUCCCGGUUGCCCACACCGUGGAAGGGUUCUGCUGGAGGUACCUGAAAAGGAAAUUGGAUUAGAGGUGGUCUUAGUGACCAACUUACGUCAUCUAUGGCGAACGCGAGAUAUCCGUCUAUCAAUUAAGGGACGAGUAUACUGCGCGGCAGUUCGUUCCGUUCUACUAUACGGCUGAGAAACAUGGCCUUUGAGAGUAGAAGAUAUUCGUAAGUUACCAGUAUUUGACCACAGGUGCCUUAGAAAUAUUGCUCGCAUCUGCUGGGAUCACCGGGUAAGUAAUAGUGAGGUUAGACGCAGGGUAUUAGGGAAUGAUGGUAAAUCAGUUGAUGAGGUUAUGAAUCUUCAUCGACUGAGAUGGUUGGGCCACGUGCUGCGUAUGCCUGAACACCGAUUACCACGACGCGCAAUGCUAACCGGUGUUAGGAACGAUUGGAAGAAAGUUAGGUGCGGCCAAACCGAAACGUGGCAUCAGUGCUUGAAGUCACUAACUUCUGGUCUGAGCCAUGUUGGUAGAUUCAGACUGCCUGGUUGGGGUCCGCGUGACUAUCGUAACCAAUGGUUGGAGACUCUUGGUGACAUAGCUCAGAAUCCAUCACAAUGAUGUCGGUGUAUACACUCUGUCUUCCUUUAAACUAAGAGAUUAAAAUCACUUCAAAUCUUUCUUUCUACGAACUAAUUCUAUCUUCCUGUACUAUCUCCUUAUACACAAUCUUUCUUCUAUAUAUUACCACCACUGAAUUAACUACUCCUAUGAAUCCGGUGUUCAUCUUGUUGUGCUAAUGCGGUAUGGCAACUUGGACCGAUGCAUAUACGUGCCUGGUCCUACGUUGCAGCUGACUGACUGACUGAAUAUGACGUGUGGAAACUUGUAUUGAUACUCAUUCGUACCAAAUGCUCCGUUGGUUUAAUCCUCUUAAAGCAUCAUGAAAAGUACCACACUAGUUGGAAUAUCAAGGUUCUGAACAAAAGGAAGAACCAAACAAAGCAGUAAAAAAAUAUCAGGCGGGAAAUUUUAUAAAAUUAUGGGAUCACAACCCUAUUGAUUGUUUUUUCACUUUCGUUUUCAUACUUAUUUGUUAAAAUAACGUUGAAUAUGUGGAAUUGAAGAGAACGAUCUUGAUCGUUUCGUGUACCGUGACCACAUAUUAUUUGUCGAAUGAUUUUGUGAAUAAAAAUAACUACCUUAAUUCUCCAAUAUCUAUUUAAUUGGACGGGCAGUAGUUCUGUCUUAUAAAGUAUAUUCUAUUGAGAUUUGAUCCUGUAAGCAAAUUAUUCGUCCAGUCCUCACAAUCAAUUCAGAGUUCCAUCAAUGAAUCGUCUCAUCAUAACACAACAGAAGCGAGAAAAAAAUCCUACUUUUAAAAUUUACUUCUGUUAUUUAUGCAAAUGAAACUAAAGCUAUCUGUUGCGCAUGCCAGACCACCGACUGCCACGACGUGCGAUGUUUUAUGGUGUAGGAAUAGGUUGGAAGAAAGUUAGGGGUGGCCAGACCAAAACAUGGCACAAAUCCAUGAAGUCACUGACAAGUGGACUGAGCCAUGUUGUUAGGUGUAGACUACCUGGUUGGGGACCGCGAGAUGAUAGCAACCGAUGGUUAGAGACCUUGAAUGACAUGGCUGAAAAUCGUUUGCAAUGACUCAGGUGCAUCCACUUUUUGCGUUCUCCCAAAUUCUAAUCUGAAUUCUUGAUGUUUCUUUCCUUUUUCUCUUUCCAAAUUUAUUUAAUUGGAUUAUACUCUUUGAAUAAUAUCUUCAAACCCUAAUGUUUCCGAUUAUUUUAUUUAUUUAUUUAUUUGAACACAAAAAUAUUGGUACAGGGGGGCACCAAAUAUAUAUGCGCCACACAAAACAAUGAUAAUUUGAAGAGAAGGAGAAAAAAUAAAUAAAAAAUAAAAAAAGUAAUAAACGUGGGGAAUUAUAAAAAAAAGAGGGAGAGAACAAUGAUGGGGAAAACGGAAAGGUACAAUCAGAAGAAAUCUUUCAGUUAAGGAAAAUACAACCACUUUUUAUGAAGAAAGUAAAAGAAGGUUACAGCAGGAUCGCCAUUGGCUUCUAUUCUGAGCCAUAUCUGAUAACGUCUCUAGCCACUGCGUUACACCGUCUCUCGGACCCCAGCCAGGGAGUCGUGAAGGACCAACAGAAGCUAGCCCUUUGCAGCUUUCUUUC